AUGUCUCACCUACAGUACUACGCAUACGAAGGCGUCGGAGUCCGGAACCGAAGCACAUUCAGCUACAACCAAGCCGUGAGAAUAGGAGACCGCAUCGAAUGCGCCGGGCAAGGCGGCUGGGACCCUGUGACCGGCGAAUUCGAAAAGGAAAUCAACGCGCAGAUCGACCUCGCCUUCGCCAACGUCGAGCACAACCUCAAGGACGCCGGAGGCAAGGGCUGGUCCCAGGUCUUCCGGGUGAACUCAUACCAUGUUCCUAUUAAUAACAAGGCGCUGGUUGCUAUGGUCCGCAACUUUCGGAAGUACAUGCCCGAUCACCAGCCCAUCUGGACUUGUGUCGGGGUGACGCGGCUUGGGAGUGAUGAUAUGCGAGUGGAUAUUGAGGUUGUGGCUCAUGAUCCGGAAGGGGCCAAGGCUGCUGGUUCUUCUGGGGCUUAG